AUGGCAGCAGCCAUUUCACAAAAGACUUUUGCUACAGCAGCAGAUGAUGGAACUGUUGAUAUAGUUUGGAGACAAUUAAAUGCAGGAUCAGAUGGUGGUGGUCCAGGAACAGCUUUUAUAGAUACAACCGGUACAGGAAACGCUUUUAAACCAUUAACAAUUACCAAAAACUUUGCAGAUGGUGGUGAGAAAUCAGAUAAUCCAAUGACGGUUCAAUUACCUGCUGGUACUACUUGUACUGGUGGAUCGGAUAAAUCAACUUGUUUAGCAAGAGUACAAAAUCCUGCUGGGCCUUUCGGUUCCUGCAUGGCUAUCAAGACGGCAGCAACAGCAGCUGGUGGUGCUGUUGAUGGUACUGCAGUUACUGGUAAUGCUUCAACCGCUACUGUACCAGCUACUGCCAAAAAGGCUACACCAGUUUCCAAAUCGUCUAGAAAGAAAAAAGGUGGACCCAAGAGGAUUCCAAAAUUCAGAGGAUAA